CUUCGAUCCCCGUCAGUCAGGUUUCCAUGAGCAUGCAGUGCACCGUCUCAAUGAAUGGGGCUGGCUGUUCGUCUGUCUGUCGGCUGCCGUGCCAUCAAACUCUCACUGCGUCGUCUACUCGUCGUCUUUUCCCCACUCCUCCUCCUCCUCCUCCUCGUCGUCGUCGUCGUCGUCUUCCUCUUCGUCUUUGAUCGCCUUCGUGUACACGCCUGUGUCCCGAAGGUCUUCGACCUUCUCCUUUUUGUCAAACUCCUUGACCUCAACCUCGUCGGCAAAUCCGAGUUUCGGCUUGACCGCCUUCUUCUGCUUGUCAGUGGCCCGCUUGAGGAUGCCUUCGGGUGAGGGGGCCCUCUCGACGGGUGCUGGUGCGGGUGCUGGCUUGGGCGGGGGCGGCAUCUUCUUCGGUGCCGGUUUCAUGACAGCUGCAGUCGCCAAGUCAGGACAGACAGCGACAGAUGCGUGUGUCCUUCCUCCCUCCCUCCCUCCCUGAUGUGUGUGUCCGUUCCUCUAUCUGUCUGACCUUUCGUCUCCGCCUGGGUCGACGUCCCUGACUCGGAGAGUGGCUCCGAUUUGCCUGGCUCUCCGUGCCACAUCGAGUGGCCGGGGAACACGUCCAGCACAGUCCCGUGCUGGAUGCUCAAGGGUGUCUCGCCCGUCUUGCCGUACCCAGCGACGUUCUGCAAUGAGACACAUUCAUCUCAGGGCCCGUAUGCUGGCUGUCUCACCGCCUCACCGUCUCAGGCGCAAUGCAGGUCGCAUGGCCGUCGACGUAAUGCCGGGGCGACUCGCACGGCUUACUGAAGGCCUGGCGGUGAGUGCGGCACUCGCCCGUCCCCAGCGGAGUGGUGACCUCCGUGCCCAAGAUUUUCAUCUCCAGCAUGGUCAACGAAUUGACGACGCACGUGGCGCCAGGCGGACAGCCCAACACCGUCGUCUCGUGCCAGUGCCGGAUAGAGUGGACAGAGGACGUCCGAGCAUGUCUGCCGGCACUGAAACCGACACGAGCCUCGUUCGUCAUGGCGACACCAUAAUCCACCUUGCAGGUGUCGCCAUCGGCAUGAUGAAGGGAACCGAGGGUGACGAGAACGGUAAAGGGGAUGAGCAGAAUCUGAUUGGAUGUCGAGAGCAUUGUCUGAGCGGGCAGAAAGGACCAGGUGGGACUCGCGUCUCGGAGGG